GUAGAGCGACGAUCUCCUCAAUUUUUUUUUCGUUUCGUUCGGUUCGUCCGAAGUCCAGCUCCCCUCCUCCUCUUCCCCUGCUCUCUUCCUUGUCGCGUCGCGUCGUUGAAUCUCUCUCUCUCUCUCUCGUUCGUUCGCGUCGAUCUCGAAACCCUAGAAGCCGGGCUCUCCCCCCCGGCGCGAGAUUGCCCCUCGAAUUGCCUGCUCGCCGAUGCGUCCAUGUCGGUGUAACCUCGCCGAGGCCUCGGAAUGGUUGGCCCGUAGCAGGCACUUGAGCUGCUGUUGAGAUGGUCAGGAGGAACCAUAGAGCUCGCAAUGAUAGUUGCUGUCCAGUCCUGAUUCUUUAUCCUUCGCAAUGCAAUUAGCAGCUAAUGAUGGUCAUAGGGAAGAUGCUUCAGAAAAUGAACCCAUUUUGCAGCAGUCUGAUGUCACGGAGAGAUCUGAAGGAUCUUCAUCUUCAUCCGAAAUAACAACUGUUGAAGGGGAAUUUGCUGUAACUGUCGAUGAUUUAGAAAAUCUUGAUGUCGAUGAGACUUGUCGUUUGGUUAAUAAAGACCAACCACAGUGUCGCAUAUGCCUUGAAAAUGAAGGGGAGGACUUGAUUGCUCCCUGCCAUUGCAAAGGAACCCAAAAGUAUGUCCAUAGAUCAUGUCUUGAUAAUUGGAGGGCCACUAAGGAGGGUUUUGCUUUUUCUCACUGUACAGAGUGCAGGGCAGUUUUCCUGCUUCGUGCAAAUGUGCCAGCUGAUCGCUGGUGGCUGAGAUUGAAAUUCCAAUUCCUCGUCGCUCGGGAUCACGCGCUCAUAUUUAUAGUCGUUCAGCUGAUUGUUGCAUCCUUGGGUGUGCUGGUAUACAAGUUCUAUGGGGAGGAAUUGAGGGAAAUGUUUGGUUAUGAAGAACACCCAUAUGGUUUCUACACUAUGGCUGUGUUGGCUAUUGUUUUGGUGGGUUUGCUCUAUGGCUUCUUUAUAGCAAUAAUAUGUGGACAGAGGAUCAGUGAACGCCAUUAUCAUGUUCUUGCCAAACAAGAACUGACAAAGGAAUACGUAGUCGAAGACCGUGAAAAAAUGAAGGAUGUCCCUGAACUCGAUCCUAGCCAUGUGACAGAGUUGCGAAUGUUGGGCCUUUAUUAGCUCAAAGAUAAUUGUGAGUAUUCUAUCAUGUUCAUAUGUCCAAUUUGCUCCUUUGGUUGGUUGAUUUGUACACGUGCUUGAAAUUUGGAAGCAGAAAUUGUUGUCUUCUUUGAGCGUGUGACAUGCUGUAAGGUUUCAAAAACUUCACGGCUGUAAAAGGGAGUUGGUCACACCAUACAGAUUUUCAUAAUUUGUUGAUGCUUCUGCAAUCUGAUUGUAUAAACUGAUACAAACAUAUGGCGAUGCGGGCAGGAGGAAAAGAUAACUCUUUUGUAUCGCAACUUUUUUUUUAACGUGGAGCAUAUGCUUGUACUCCUUGUCCGGGAUCAUUGUAAAAAGAAACUGUUCAUAGAUUUUUUAUACUUUUUUGACGUUGUCCCUUGGCUAGUGCUUCAAGCAUUUUCUUCUUUCU